GUUGUUGGAGAAGGAAGAUGGCCAGAGCUUUGUGUCUACUUCAUGCCCUCUGGCUUCUGGAGUGGGUGCAACUGCUCUUGGGACCCGGUGCUGCCCCUCCAACCUGGGCCUUGAACCUGGACCCAGUGCAUCUCACCAUCUACACAGGCCCCAAUGGCAGCCACUUUGGGUUUUCAUUGGACUUCUACAAGAAGAGCCAUGGCAGCGUAUCCAUCGUGGUGGGGGCCCCGCGGACCCUGGGCCGCAACCUGGAGGAGACCGGCGGCGUUUUCCUGUGUCCCUGGAAGGCCAAGAGCGUCCAGUGCGUCGCGCUGUCCUUCAACCUCGAUGAUGAGACGCGAAACGUAGGCGCCCAAACUUUCCAAACCUUCAAGGCCCGUCAAGGACUAGGGGCGUCGGUCUUAACUUGGAGAGACAACGUUGUGGCCUGCGCCCCCUGGCAGCACUGGAACGUCCUAGAAAAGAACGAGGAGGCUGAGAAGACACCUGUAGGUGGCUGCUUCGUGGCUCAGCUCCAGAACAGCGGCCGCGCGGAGUUCUCGCCCUGUCGGGCCAACCUCUUGAGCCUGGUUUACGUGGAAAGUAAAUUCAAUGACAGGCGCUAUUGCGAGGUCGGCUUCAGCUCUGCGGUCACUCAGGCUGGGGAGCUGGUGCUUGGGGCUCCUGGGGGCUACUAUUUCUUAGGUCUCAUGGCACGGGCUCCAAUUGCCGAUAUCAUCUCGAGUUACCGCCCAGGCACCCUCUUGUGGCACGUGCCCACCCAGAAGCUCACCUUCGACUCCGACCUUCCUGAGUACUACGAGAGCUACUUGGGGUACUCGGUGGCUGUGGGCGAGUUCGACCGGAAUCCCAACACCACAGAGUACAUCCUCGGUGGCCCCACCUGGAGCAUGACCCUGGGAGCGGUGGAAAUUUUUACCUCGAAACACCAGAGGCUGCACCUGCUGCAGGGAGAGCAGGUGGCUUCAUAUUUCGGGCAUUCAGUGGCCGUCACCGACGUCAACGGGGACGGGAGGCAUGACCUCUUGGUGGGAGCGCCACUGUACAUGGAGAGCCGUGCUGACCACAAGCUGGCCGAGGUGGGGCGUGUUUACUUGUUCCUGCAGUCUCGAGGUCACCACUCGCUGGGCACCCCCAGCCUCCUGCUGACAGGCACACAGCUCUAUGGACGAUUUGGCUCAGCCAUCGCGCCUCUGGGCGACUUGAACCGGGAUGGCUACAAUGAUGUUGCCGUGGCCGCCCCCUAUGGGGGUCCCACCGGUCAGGGCCAAGUAUCGGUGUUCCUGGGUCAGAGUGAGGGGCUUAACUCGCAGCCCUCCCAGGUCCUGCACAGCCCCUUUGCCGCAGGCUCUGCCUUUGGCUUCUCCCUUCGAGGUGCCACAGACAUCGAUGACAAUGGAUACCCAGACCUGCUGGUAGGAGCUUACGGGGCCGACAAGGUUGUCGUGUACCGAGCUCAGCCGGUGGUGACCGCCACUGUCCAGCUGAUGGUGCAAGAAUCCCUGAAUCCUGCUGUGAAGAAUUGUGUCCAGCCCCAAACCAAGACACCAGUGAGCUGCUUUACCAUCCAGAUGUGCGUGGGAGCCACUGGGCACAACAUUCCUGAGAAGCUGCGCCUAAAUGCCGAGCUGCAGCUGGACCGGCAGAAGCCCCACCAGAGCCGGCGGGUGCUGCUGCUGGCUUCCCAACAGGCGAGCACUGUCCUGGACGUGGAUCUGACCUGGAGGCAGAGCCCCACCUGCCACAACACCACGGCCUUCCUCCGGGAUGAGGCUGAUUUCCGGGACAAGCUGAGCCCCAUCGUGCUCAGCUUCAAUGUGUCCCUGCAGCCGGAGAAGAAUGGAGACGCCCUCACGUUCAUGCUGCAUGGAGACACCCACGUUCAGGAACAGACCCGCAUCAUCCUGGACUGUGGGGAAGACCAAGUGUGCGUGCCAAAGCUCCAGCUCUCGGCCAACACGACAGGCUCCCCACUCCUAGUUGGAGCUGAUAAUGUGCUGGAGCUGCACGUGGUCGCGGCCAAUGAGGGCGAGGGAGCCCAUGAGGCCGAGCUGGUUGUGCACCUGCCCCCAGGUGCUCACUACAUGCAGGCCCUCAGCAACACCAAGAGCUUCGAGAGGCUCAUCUGUACCCAGAAGAAGGAGAAUGAGACCAAAGUGGUGCUGUGUGAGCUGGGCAACCCCAUGAAGGGGGAUACCCAGAUAGAAAUCACGAUGUUGGUGAGUGUGGGGAACCUGGAAGAGGCUGGGGAGCACGUGUCCUUCCGGCUGCAGAUCAGGAGCAAGAACAGCCAGAAUCCAAACAGCGAGACAGUGGUGCUGGAUGUGCAAGUCCGGGCAGAGGCCCACCUGGAGCUGAGAGGGAACUCCUUUCCAGCCUCCCUGUUGAUGGCGGCAGAAGGCGAUUGGGAGAACAGCUCGGACAAUUUGGGCCCCAAAGUGGAGCACACCUAUGAGCUCCACAACAAUGGCCCUAGUACCGUAAGUGGCCUCCACCUCAGGCUCCACCUGCCCGGCCAGUCCCAGACCUCCGACCUGCUCUACAUCGUGGACAUACAGACCCAGGGAGGCCUUCAGUGCUCCCCGCAGCCCUCUCCCAACCCCCGCCAGCUGGACUGGGGGCUGCACAGCCCCACACCCUCCCCUGUGUACCCAGCUCAUCACAAGCGGAAUCGCAGACAGGCAGUCCUGCCAGGGCAGAAGCAGCCGUCGAGUCUUCAGGAUCCAAUUCUCCUGAGCUGCGACUCGGCGCCCUGCACCGUGGUGCACUGUGACCUUCCGGAGAUGGCGCGUGGGCAGCGGGCCAUGGUCACCGCGCAGGCUUUCCUGUGGCUGCCCAGCCUCCGCCAGAGACCCCUGGAUCAGUUUGUGCUGCGGUCGCACGCUUGGUUCAACGUCUCUUCCCUUCCCUACGCCGUGCCGGCCCUCAGCCUGCCCAGCGGGGAAGCUCAGGUGCAGACACAGGUGCUUCGGGUCUUGGAGGACAGAGAGGUUCCACUCUGGUGGAUGCUGGUAGGCGUGCUGGGCGGCCUGCUGUUGCUCACACUGCUGGUCCUGGCCAUGUGGAAGUGUGGCUUCUUCAAGCGGAAUCGGCCACCCCUGGAAGAAUCUGAUGAAGAGGAGGAGUGACGCUGCAGCCCACACAUCUCUGUUCCUGCAGAAAGGCUGCAUGUGGUGACUGCCCUGUCCCUCUUCUCCAGCCAGUGCCCUGCGAGCUCUGCUCGCCCAUGAAUUGGAGCUGUUCCCUGGAGGCCUCCCGAUGUCCUCCUGCUCCCAUCAGAGCUGGCUCACCCCCCUUCCUGCUGCCUAAUAAAGAGGCUGAACCC